GCUGAAUGAGCUCGCGCUCAGGGGUCUGAGCGGCGCGUGUGAGCGGCGCUCAUUCAACCGCUGAUGCUGCGAGCGCGUGCUUCCCGGAGUGCAGCGCGAGGAAGUGCAGCGAGAGUCUCUGUGCUCUCGUGCGCGUUGGAGAGGAGAUGGGAGAACAGCUUUGAAGCGAAAGCUCGGAGUUCAGAUAUGGAGUUACCGCGCAGGUCACGCGCGCGUGCCGCGCUGCAAUAAGGCUCAAGAUGAGUGUCGCGCGGCAGCUGGAGAGGCGCCCCUCCAUACCGACGCUCUGAUCCGCGCGCUUGUUUGCUCUUCAUCUCCCUAUUAUUCUUAAUAUUUGCCAGGAAAAGACGGUACAGCUCGUCAUGUCAUCUCCUGUCUUCUGAAUUCGGAGAAGUAAACAGUCGACGUGUUUUUCUCGUGAAACUGCCAGCUCUGCAUCACCAUGGGGACCGUGCUGUCGCUGUCGCCGGGCGCCCGUAAACCAGGCUAUUACGACCACCACCACCCGGGCUCGCUCAGCCACUACCCCAGCCUGAGCAGCCGCUCCCUGAACACCCAGAAGGACCGCAGCCUGAAGAGAGGCCAGUCCAUUUUCCUGCCGGCGCUCAAUUGGAAGCGAUUGGUGGCCUCCACCAAGAAGAAGGGUGGCCACUCCAAGAAGGGCUCCAGCGGACCGGUGGCUCUUGCAGACUCUCUGAACAACAACAACAACAUCUACCAGAAAGACCCGCUGUUGCACCUGAACCGCGAGAAUGUCAAGAAGUCUCUGUCCUGUGCCAACCUUUCCAACUAUGAGGGCCCAGCAGGACUGGGUCUGGGGCUCGGAUAUGGGCUCGGACUGGGUCAGGGGCCCGCCUACGGCCACGGCAGAUCCCAUCAGCUGUCCUCCGUGAAGAAGGUUCCACAGGGAAGCUCCUCCCCAAAGCGUGUCAUCGUACAGGCCUCCACCAGUGAACUCCUGCGCUGCCUGGGUGAGUUUUUGUGCUGCCGCUGCUACCGUCUCAAGCAUCUGUCUCCGGCUGACCCAGUGCUGUGGCUGCGCGCCGUGGACCGCUCGCUGCUGCUGCAGGGCUGGCAGGACCAGGCCUUUGUCACACCGGCCAACGUGGUCUUUGUCUACAUGUUGUGCCGCGACGUGGUGGACGGGGAUGUGGUGGCGUCAGAGCACGAACUGCAGGCCAUCCUGCUCACCUGCCUCUACCUGUCCUACUCAUACAUGGGCAACGAGAUCUCAUAUCCGCUUAAGCCCUUUCUGGUGGAGGCGGGAAAGGAGGCUUUCUGGGACCGCUGCCUCGCCAUCAUCAACGCCACUAGCGCCAAGAUGCUGCGCAUCAACGCCGACCCGCACUUCUUCACUCAAGUCUUCGCUGAACUCAAAAGCGAAGGUGGCUGUGGCCCUCAGGACUACAGCCGGGUUCUGGAUCGAUGAGUUGGUCUCUUCUGACCCCUCCACCACCAUGUUUGCCUGCAGAUUCUUCUCCAGGCUCCUGAUUGGACAUUCUUCAUGUUCAAUUUCUGGGAACUUAUUUGCAUUUUGUAUCCAAAGUGAGUUCACAUCAAACGGGUAACCAUUUGGUCCACCUGUCCCCUUAGGCCCCCGCCCGCCAUGCCAGGUUUUGGUCUAAGUCGUCUCAGCUGCUGCAGGAAGCAGAUUUUUUCUUCAGAAACCAGAGAAGUCUGACUUCUGGACUCUUUACUGAAAGACGGGAGCAGCUGCAGCUUCAGAGGGAUCGCAAACCACACAGGUCGCAUGUGCAGAGGCCUUUGUGUGUGUGUGUGGGGGUGUGUGUGCGUGUGUGUGGGGUAAUGUAUCUGUGCCGUGAGAGUCGAUCAGUGUGUCUGUGCACAGUGGUGGCAGGCAGCCAGGGUCAUCAGCUGUUUACCCCCCCUCUCCUUUGUUUCCUGCAACAUGUCCACAACACACACGUGUACACACACACACACACACACACACAUUGGUAAUGGGAUUAUUGGAUUAUCAGCAGAACCCCUCCCCACUCUCAGCUUCUGCCCCCACCUCCUGGGCCAGUCUGCAUGCAGGACAGUGGUGGGAAGUUGGUGUUCAGGCCUUGAAAAUGACAAACAAGCGUUGCCCUUCUUGCUGCCACCGAGAGGCUUUUAGGGACAGUCUGUAAAUUUCUGUCUUUGGUUGUUUCUGACGAGUCAAAGUGGGAGCAGAUAUAGAGUUUUUGCUCCAUAGCAAACUAGCUUCCAAAUGCCAGAUGGGGACAUUUGAAAAAGUCAAGUUAUUAUUUAUUGUCUUAAAACUUAGCAGUUUGAUGACACAUCUGAUAAAAGAAUGUCUAUUCUGGGAAAAAGGAAAGAAAAGUAGAAUUUUAGAUGAAACAUUUCUGCCCAAAAAUAAAAAAAAAUGUCCUGUCUGACCACAGUUGAACAGUCAGAAUUUUCGGAAUAACUAACAUGGAUCUUCAUUUAAUAAGAUUUGCAAGUGGCGCUCUUGUGGUUCAGAUUUUUACUUUGAAGUCUUUCAAUUGGAGACACACAUUUGUGGUAACACAAUAUCUAGGAACAUUUUUCCAGACAGUUAGGUGUUUAAAAUCCACAGGGAGUGUUUACAGUCUUCUUUUCUCUGGAAUGAGUCCCAGUUGAUGGUACGUUCUCUCUGUGACUCAAAUCCAAUGGCAGAAUUGUUGAUAACUGUCCUUCCUUUCAUCUGGUUUGGUUUCACACAAAAACUCAGAAAGGAACCGAAAACUGGAACCACCGGGAAAAAUCAUGCAGCUCAGGCCUCUGACAUGAUCAACGCUUUUGCUUUUCUAAUGUCUCUGUUGGCUGUUUUUCAGAGUUUAUAAAUAUGUGAUUAACAGCUCUUAUGUAAUUUUCCAUGCUUGGCCCUCCUCCUCCUCUCUGGAGUAUGAAGAAGGUCUUUGUUUGCGUUCACACUGAAGUGAACCACACCAGAAUUCAGAUGAGCUUCCACACCUGCCAGCAUGGGAAAUGAAGUCAGGUGUGGAUCAAACCAGGAAUAAACGUGUGAAUGGGCUCUUACUGUGCCAACCUCCCCACAUUUUUCUCACUUUAAACUGAAAAUAGUUUAGGUGAUUUAAAAAACUAAGAUGACAAGAGGGAACCUUGCUACUUUAAAUAUUUUUUAGUUCUAAAUUAUUUUCAGCGCAGUGAGACAAACGUAAAAUUUGACAGUUGUACGUUACAUAGAAAUUAUUUUUUAUUGAUAUAUAUUAGUAUUUUUGUUAUUUUAUUUAUACUUCUCUCAAUGUUGAGAAGAAACUAAUUUCUAAAUGAUAUCUUAAUGAAAUAAUCCAGUAGCUCUUAAACAUAAUGAGAAGGACACAUCAUUGCUUCCUUUAUUCAUUCUUUAGAACAGUAGAACAUCGGAGAACCGAGUUAAGAGCAUUCUAUCCAACUAUUCCUGAAGGUCCAUCCGGGCCAUCAAAGAAGAACUUGUGAAGUUUUCUUUUUGAAAAGUUCCAGUUCCAGACUUAUUCCUGCUGCUGCAUCUUUAAAGAAAGACCCUUUGAUCUCAAACAUUUUAUAUUCCCCUUAAAAGGUUUUUUAAAAAUGAGCAAUGUUUGACAUUUUGGGUAGGAAAUGGAAGUGGAAGCUAAAAGCUGAAUCACUGAUGGAUUAACAAACACAUAAACCACGAUUUUUAUCAAUAGCCUUCCGCUUUUUUGUUUGAGUCAAUGACAGCUGCAGUUUAUACAUCGAAGAUUAAACUUUGUGUUGCGUUCAAGGACUGUUAUUUUGACGACUUUCGACUGCAGUUUAAAGUAUUUCAAUUCAGGACUUCAGCAGUCCUGAUCAAAAAGAAUUUGAGAAAAUAUACCAUAUUUUCUGCACUAUAGGACCCACUUGAUUAUGAGGCGCACAUCAAUGAAUAAUCCAUUUCAAAUGUUAUGUCAGGGCGCACCAAACUAUAAGGCCCAUUAAGCUAGACAAAAGAGUCAAAGUCUGUCAGUCAGUCAGACUUUAUUAAAGGUAAAGUCACUUUAGCUGUUUGACAUUUGUUCUUCACAUUAACUGCAUUCACAGGAACUGCCGAACUAGCAUGUAACACGGUACAUGAUAGGCUAUUACCAAUACAUGUAACUUUAUGUGUAGGUAACACGUAAAAACACUGUCUGACACUGCUACAAGUUAGCCGCAUUAGCGUAUUCACAAAAACACCCAACCAUGUGUAUUAAUCCAUAUAUAAAAAAUAAUCCUUAUAUAGUAAAGAUUAUAAGGUUCAUUUUUUAUUUUUUGAAAAGAAUUAAGCCUUAUACAGUUGUGCGGAAAAUGCGAUAAAACAAUCUGAUCUGGUAAGUUUGAAUGUUGCAAACAGCUCUUGGGCUGAAGUUUCUCCCUGACCUUAAAGUUUCUCUGUUCAUAAAUAGAAUCAUUGAACUAAACGCUUUUGAAAACAAAUGAACCCCGAUCCAGUGGAGACGAGACCCCCUGAGAAGCUGGACUAUGGGCCCUUCAGAAUGAGUCACCAUUUGCUGGUGGAGUUUAUUUUGAAAAUCAGCGGGAGUCAGCUGCCUGUACUGUGUUGAUUUCCUCCCAGUUCCGUCAGUCUGUUCAGAUUUAUGUUUAUAGCACAGCUGAAACCACCUUCAGUGGAGCAGAGCUCUAUGGUGUGGUGGUGGCGGCAGUGGGGUGGGGGUUAACGGUGCCCCUCCAGCUGUAGGUCUUAACUGGCAAAGGGGCCUUGAUCUUUCCACCCUGUCACACAGAAUAAACUCUGUGGAGUUGCCCUGCAGUUUGCAUCAGCGAGGGAAUAAACCCCCCAACCCUGGGGAUGUGUUCUGAGCUGGCACCUGCCUCUGUGAGGGGUGCUGGCAUUGAGUCAUGAGUGAGCGAUGCUCAGCUUUCUCGGCGGCCAUGUUGCUCAUCGUUGCGCUCAGGCCCCACAAGGAUGCCUGUGUAUUCACACACACACACACACACACACACACACCCUUCUCGUUUUCAAACACUCAGCUGUUGUUCACUGCCUGCUUCAUUGGAUCUAUCAACCUCCAGGAGGCAAAAUUGUUUGCUGUGUUUUUGAGUGAAUGUGGGUCAAAGUUAAAGGCAGCGACUGCUCCCCCCUCCUCCAAAGUUACAUCUGUGAUCAGGGGUGUGAUGUCACUCGACUGUCCAAUCAAAUCUGUUCCUGGAGCGGAGAGGCUUGGCGGCAGCUUCGACCGAAGCCGCAGAAUCUUCAGAGACUUACCGCAGAGGGCAUGUGAGACCAGGAUGGACCCUGAGCUGCUCCAGCUCCUCAAACUCUGAUGGUGGGCUCGCGGAAAUCAAAAUUUAAAGAGUUCAUGCUAUUUCUUUCCAUGAAGAAGCUUCAGGCUUUUUCAAAAGGAGGUCAGGAACGUUCUGAAGUUUAUGGACGGACUCGUCUGGGUUGGAGCUCUGUAUGAAGAUUUUUCAUCUUCACUGGGGUUUUUCUGGGAUCUGUGGAUCAAAAAACUAAAACAAAAAGUGAACCACCGACCCUGCGAGUGCACAGCUCUGUGAGUUGUGUCAUUCUGGAUGCUGCUGUAGUUGAACUGACAAUGUAAAAAUGUGUUUCUGUAAAAAUGAGUUCAGAAUAAGGAGGAAGCUGUAGUAGCAUUGCCGUGUAGUAGUGUGCAUGCCAGCCCCAUAGUUUAGAAAUUUUUUUUAACUUCCUGCUUCUGUCUUAUUUUUUUAUACGUGCUUAUUGGUUUCUGUUGCAAAUUUAACCUAGAUAUGAUGCAGCUUCACUCUCAUCUUUAAGAUGGUCUCAAGUGUAACAUGAUAAUAGAUACAAAAAUCUGUCUUGUCCUUUGAUAAAAGCUCUUACAGAGUCAAAUCACUCCGUUUAGAAGGGACUCUGCAAAGAUGGAUCAUUUUAAAAAGUUAAAUGUUUCUUUUUGCAUUAAUACAGGAGGCUCCAGCUCCUCCCAUCACCUAGCCUGCACCACUCUUACAUCCCACCUAUACGAAGUGAAAGUGAAAACACUGUUGAUGGAAAAACUUGAAAAAAUUUCAUUUUUGUCAUACGUUGUUUCUUUUUUUAUGAUUUGUUGUUUACUUUAUUGAUUAUUUAAUAAAGAAUGAAGCUGAAAUCCA